AUGGUUUCCAAGAAUGUCUCAUCUUGCGCUGGCUCUGCUACACUUCCCUUUCAAUAUGUACCCGUUGAGGAAGUCGAGAGAAUCGAAAAGUACCAGCUCGGUGGAUAUCACCCUAUAAUGAUAGGUGAUAGUCUUCAGUCCCGGUAUCAAGUAGCCCAUAAAUUAGGCUAUGGAACAUAUUCAACCACAUGGCUCUGCCAAGACUCUCAGUCUGCUGAAUUUGUGGCAAUCAAGGUUGGGACUGCCGAGUCAAGCGCUCGAGAGGUGCAUGUCCUCGAUUAUCUUAGCAAAUGUACCCCACUCGACCAUCCGGGAAGGGCAAUGAUACCUUCCGUUCAAGACAACUUUGUCCUACACGGCCCCAACGGUAACCAUCCUUGCUAUGUGACAGCCAUAGCAAGGUGUACUCGCUUACUUAUUUCACAACUUGUACUGGCUAUCGAUUAUAUCCACAGCCAAGGAGUUGUUCACGGAGAUCUUCACAUUGGCAAUGUCUUUCUACGUCUCCCGGCCGAUUUCAACCAACUGUCCAUCGAGCAGCUAUACGAACAAUUUGGUUCACCUGCAUUUGAACCAGUUGUUCGUCUUGAUGGCCAAUUACUCCCGUCUGGCAUUCCAUCUAAAGUCGUCCCUCCGAUCUGGCUUGGAAAAGCUUCGGAGCUAUUCACGACUUCGGAAUCUAGAGCCUUACUUGGUGAUUUGGGGGAGGCCGUCCAGCCCUCGGCAGAGUAUCGAUAUAGCUCGCACGCCCCUCUAUCCUUCCUGCCGCCUGAAGCCCGUUUUGAGCCAGAAUUGGGCCUUUCCUUCCCUGCUGACAUCUGGACUCUUGCGUGUUGUAUAUGGAUAAAACUGGGCCAGCGUCCAUUAUUUGAGGAUACACUUGCCACGCCGGAUGACAUCACAGCGGAACAGGUUGACACUCUAGGGGAAUUACCUCGACAGUGGCAGCAGAAAUGGGAGGCGAGGCAUGAGUAUUACGAUGAAAGCGGACUACCAAAUCAGGGUCGACAAGUGAGCUCCUGGGGUGAGCGCUUGGAAAAUCAUAUUCAACUGCAACGACUGAAGGCUCUGGUACCCGUAUUUGAUUCAGAGGAGAAAGCGGCUGCUAUGAAUAUGUUGCGAUUGAUGUUGUGUUUUGAGCCAAAGAAGCGGUGGACCGCACAUGACAUCCUGAAAUGCGAGUGGAUGGAAAAAUGGGCAUUGCCAGACUAUGAGGAAUCUCGCCUCAAUGAUCGAGGAGGCUACGCAGAUAGCUUGUAA